GUAACCGCUCCACACACCGAGUCCACAUCAUAGAGUAUUAUGUACCUCCGAGGUAGGGGGAGGUUAAAAAAAAGGAGGAGAAAAGCGAGCGAUAGCGAAAUAAGAGAGAGUGUGCUCACAUGGAAGUGGGAGCGAUUUUUGGUGCCUACUAGGGCAAGUAGGUAAGCAGAAGCGCUUCAGGAAGAAGCUGAUAGAGAGCGGAGAUGAUGAAGGAGGCGGGGGAUGGGUUUGUGAGAGCGGAUCAAAUCGAUCUGAGGAGCCUGGAUGAGCAACUAGAGAGGCAUCUGAGUCGAACGAGGACGAUGGAGAAGAAGAAGAGGAGAGAGGAGGAGAGGGGAUUGGGGGGAGGGGAGAGGCGUGGGGAGGAGUGGGAGAUCGAUCCCUCGAAGCUUGUGAUCAAGGGGGUCAUCGCCCGAGGCACCUACGGAACCGUCCAUCGGGGGAUCUACGAUGGCCACGACGUCGCAGUGAAAUUGCUUGACUGGGGGCAGGAGGGUACCAGGACAGAAGCUGAAAUUGCUAAACUGAGGGAUGAUUUUCUUCUUGAGGUUUCUGUUUGGCAAAAGCUUGAUCACCCCAAUGUAGCAACAUUCAUGGGGGCUGCAACAGGUGUGAGAGAUUUAAGCAUACAGACAGAAAAUGGUAAUCUUGUGGUACCAAACAAUGUUUGUUGUCUUGUGGUUGAGUACCUUCCUGGAGGUACGCUGAAAUCAUUUCUUAUAAAAAAUCGGAGAAGAAAGCUUCCGUUCAAAGUUGUUGUCCAACUAGCUCUUGACCUUGCAAGAGGAUUGAGUUAUCUUCAUUCAAAGAAGACUGUGCACCGUGACGUGAAGACUGAAAAUAUGCUGCUAGACAAAAUGAGGACAGUAAAAAUUACUGAUUUUGGUGUUGCUCGAAUUGAGGCUCAAAACCCAAAUGACAUGACGGGUGAAACUGGAACCCUUGGUUACAUGGCACCUGAGGUUCUCAACGGCAAUCCUUACAACCAUAAAUGUGACGUCUAUAGCUUUGGGAUUUGUUUAUGGGAAAUAUACUGUUGUGAUAUGCCAUAUCCCGAUCUGAGCUUCACGGAGAUCACCUCUGCUGUUGUCCGACAGAACUUGAGGCCGGAGAUACCGCGGUGUUGCCCGAGCUCUCUAGCUACCGUGAUGAAGAGGUGUUGGGACGCUACCCCGGAGAAGCGGCCCGAGAUGAACGAGGUGGUGACCAUGUUGGAGGCGAUCGACACGUCGAAGGGUGGGGGAAUGAUCCCCCUUGAUCAACCGCAGGGAUGUUUCUCCUGCUUUCGGAGACACCGGGGCCCUUGAUCUAUCUGACAAGAAUAUCUACAACUAAUUAGUAUUCCUAAGAACACAAUAAUUGUUAGCCUAUUGUGUUCUUGGUGAACUUGGUUAGUAGACCUAACAUAGUAGAAGUUUAUGAUGUAAAGAUUUUGCUUCUCUCUCUCUCUCUCUCUCUUCCAACUUUUUGUGUAUGAAGUUUCAGGCUAGUCAUUUUAAGUGACUGGCUUUUGAGUAGUGCUAUGGAUAAUUCUACAUUAAAUUUGUUUUGUUUGGUGUUCUUUUAUUAUUCUCUAAGACAGUAAAUAUGAGUAGGAUGGGAUGAUAAUUGGGAAGCUGGUGCCAACAAUUGAAUUGUCAAU